UUUGUGUUGGGCACGUAAUUCUGGUGUGUUUUAAGCGGGGAAUCGGUGCAUCUUUCCUCGAUACUUUUGCUUUGAAAAGUCGACACCGUGUCGAUUACUGACGUUACUUCUAGCUUCACAGCUUGUUUUUCCAAAAGGCUUUCCGGUUGCACAGGUUUGAAAGCAAGUGAGUCGGUCUGCGUUUCGUUAAUUGUUGCUACCUCAGUUUCAUACUUUUGUACCAACAUCUCACUGAGUGAGGUCUGAAGAAUUAUAGUUCUCAUUGUACAAGUUAAGACGAGUUUGUGACUGUUAAGAAACCGGAAGGGGGAAAAAAAAACACUCCGAUAAGGAGCGACUGCUUUAUUGGUUAUGAUUUCACCAGCUGACAGGUUGGAGUAGUAUAUGGAAGAGCUCUACAAUGUGGACAGAUAAGCAACGAGGAAUCAGAGUUUCUCAGGAGGAGCUUCUCUGCAAGAACGCCUGUGGGUAUUAUGGAAACCCUGCGUGGCAAGGCUUCUGCUCCAAGUGCUGGAGAGAGAAAGCACGAACAGCUGGAGCCUCGAGGCAAGACACAAGGCCGAGCAAUGAUGGAACUCCUCUCACCUUCUCCAAAUUUGAAGUGAAGAAAAGCACUGAGAAAGGUCGUCGAAUUAACACAAUGAGAAGACUCUUCUGGGGCAGUCCAUCACCUCCUAAACGUCAAGAGUCUUCUGAAAGCCAUGCAAAUGUGUUGAAAGCUUACCAGAGCCUCGAGCCCGGGGACUUCACUGGUUUCCUGAAGAUACUGAAGAGCCCUUCCUCCCAGCGCUUGCAGUCUCGAUGUACAGCUUUCCUCAACACAAUGGAGGCGUACCAUGAUCUGCCGGUACAGAAGCUGUCUGAUCUUGUGCAGGAUUUCUACCAGUCUUUUGCUGAAUAUUUUAGCGGUUUUCCUGAGGCUCAGGUCACUCAAAUAAUGGAGCAUGUAGAGAAAUUAAUAAUGACACGGUUGCACAAAUGGGUUUUCUGCCAUGACAGCUGUGAUGAUGAACAGAAGGAUCUGGCUCUCCAGAGAAGGAUACGAUCUUUGAAUUGGAUCACCCCGCAGAUGCUGAGCGUACCUUUUCCGGAUAAAAAGACUGCAGUCACAGCCGACCCGUUUCUGCCUGCUAUAACAGCCAUAAUUGAAAUGGAUGCCAAACGAGCACCUCAGGAUAAACUUGCAUGUGUGUCCAAAUGCAGUCAGCACGUUUUUGAAGCGCUCUCAACCUCAAACAGUGAGCCCGCUAAUGCUGAUGACUUCCUGUCAGGCCUGGUGUAUGUGGUGCUGAAGGCCAAUCCACCUCGCCUACACUCCAACAUGCAAUAUGUGAUACGUUUUGGUCUCCCUCACAGUCUGAUGGCAGGAGAGAGCGGCUACUAUUUCACAAAUUUGUCUUGUGCAGUGGCCUUCAUUGAUAAGCUGGAUGGACCAGCACUCAACCUCAGUCCAGAGGAGUUUGAGGGCUACAUGCUGCGUCAGCGUGCUCCCCGUGAAGGAAAGAGGCAGCAGGUUGCCAGUGACGCACAACAUCUGUUAGAGGAGCUAACAGGCAGACAGGAGAAGCUGGACCAAGGGAUGGAUGCUCUCAACAUGCAGCUACAGACGUGGGUCAAAGCUGUUCAUUCACAACUGGAUGAGGCAACAGCCCAGUUUGCUCUAGUACAAAAGGAGAUAACCGCUCAGGCUGAAAUCUCACAGGUUUUUUCAUCCUCAUCUCAUGAUGCAUCACCGCAAGGGGACGAGAAAGACGAGUCAGUGCUGGCCUUUACGGAUCAACAUGCAGGUCCACAAGCUACAGACUGUUAGCUAUAUCAAGAAAAACACCUAAUCUGGUACUUGUCUCUUUUAAAUCAUCAGCACUAACUUAUGUAGGCUGCAAAACAAAGAUUUAUAUUUCUAAUGUUACACUUGCACACGUUCCGAUCACAGAAAGCUUGGUAAGCUGUUGAACAUGAAGGAAAACUUCUUGAAGGAAACUUUUUUCAUUUGGUAUAACAGGGCACACAGAGUUUUUUUUAAUGACUUUGAUGAAGAUUUGCCCUUGUAUCCUGUUUGAGGAUGAAGGCCAUUAGAAAUACAUUCCAAUUUAUGGAAACAGAUGUGAUUAAAAUUUAUAUUUAAGCACUCAGGGGACACAUCACUUGGAGACAUCACCUAACACUUCAAGAGUGCUUAUUGAAUAUUCACUAUUUUUUACUAACAGUGUAUUAAUAAUGUGCCUUCAUGUAGACUGCUGUGAAAUAAAGAAAUAUGCUACAGGAGAAAAUGUUAGAUGGUACUUGUAGACAACUACAAAUCAGGGGGUGUAUUUAGGAGCUGUGGAACUGUUCCCAACAACUGCCUAGAAGGUGAAAUAGCUGGUGCAAAAACAAUUUGUAACACAUUUUGCCUUCUGUGUUAGUGUGCAGAAGGUAUGCAUGUUUCCAACUGUUAAAAUGUUUUUGAAGAAUUUAUAGGGUUUUAUGUUAUGAUCAAUUAUUGUAUCCAAUAUUAUAUUAAAGUAAACUUGUAUGAUUUCA